UGUCAAUUGACAGUUCAAAAUUCAUUAAAAGAUGAAAACCAAAUUAACAGUGGUCUACAUUAAUACACCACGCAAGAAAAUCCUAAAGCUUAUUAACUGAAACUUCAAAUGUGACAAAUGGGAACAGAUGCAGGAAAAUGGAGGAAAUCUGUAAGAAGGACGGGAAGUUUCGGUUCGAUGACAGGAAGUUCUUUGAUAUUCCUUUUGAAACUGGCUUGGGAAAGUGGCAAAAGAAUACCUCUAUUGCUUGCAAUCGGACUUGUGAUAUUGGCGGAUGUUAGGAGACAGCAAAGAGGACAGCGCAAUAUAAACAGAAUGAGAAGAGUUCUCGAACGAAGAAACAGACUGCAGGAACAGCGACAAAGGGACUCGGGUUCUGCCGAUUUUUCCUGGCAAAGUGCCGCAGAUCCAGAUGCGUCUACCGAAAGCAAUUCUUACAUGAGGCGUACCGUCAAUGGGUGUGCAGUUCACUGGUGCCUCAUUUUGCCACGGGCGUCGACAGUGGCGCGUUCAAAAACGGCGCCCGGCGUCUACGUCCAUGCCGCAGCGUUUGCCAGGCGGUUGAGCAGCGAUGCCCGUACAUGUUACCAGGCGAUCGUGCGCCUGCACAUCCUACUCAGUACGCCGGCGAGCCUACAUUUCUUUGCCUAGGUAAGUCGCACGUCAUUCUAAUCGAAAUUUAUCACUUACAGGGGCGACGUUAACGUAGGGUUAACCGAAGCAGUGACCCAGGAGAUCCCAGAACUCGAUAAGUAGAUCAUUGCGAAAUCAUUUACCCCACGAUGAUUGAUUGAAAGAUUAAUAUAUGAAUAUAUAAAAUGUCCUAAUACAGUG